AUGACGAGAAACGGAGUAAGCCAAAAGCGUAAUACACGCUUGAGGCCCAGCGCCCGCACGGUGAUGGCCGUGUGCCUUGGCGGCGUUUUGCUGUGUGGUAGUGGACAAGCUGCUUUGGACUAUUCUCCCUUUGUUUUAAGCGAGCAAUUGGUGGGAAACACGAAGCUACCGGACGUGGUGGACCGCGUUGCCACCUGCACGCUGCCCGUCUCAGGCCUGCGGAAUACAAGCCCCGAGUCUGCGACCAUUGUGAUCUCCAAAGGGCAGCUUACUGCCACGUUGAACUGCGCUGGUGCAGGGAAUGCUGUGGUGCCCUCUGAAGGGGGGUCCGUGUGUCUAGCAGAUGCUAAAAAAGUGUCAGCAUGCAAACCUGAACCCAGCGCUACGACAAAACAGAUAAAGCUGACGACUCUUCUUCGCUCCGACACUCCUGUAAAAACCAGUAUAACGCAGAACCCCAACGGUCAGGCAAACGGUCAGGCAUGGACGCUGGAACUACAGGAGUCACAACUACCAAGGGUGGAUACGACCUUCUUUGUUGGAUGCCAAAAAGCUUCUGAAGAUGAAGACUCUCAAUGCAAGCUGGACAUCACGGUGAAAGCCCGACAGUCGGAUGCUGACAAGAACACUAUCAUUUGUGCGUACGGUGUUGACAGCAACGGCGCAAACCCCUUGACUGCGGAGAUGACGGAGGAGAAUAACAUACUGUCGAUUGAUUGUGGGGACGCGGGAUCCUUUGCACCUGCGGGUUACACGGAAUUCUGCUUGCCCGACAGCCAGGCACUGAAGGGCUGCCCAACAAAGGGAUUCUCCGACGUUUUCCCGACCUUCGCCGACAGCUGGUGGCAGAAGGCCGACAGCAGGAAGACGGCUAAUGUGCUGACGAUUCCGAAGACUGACUUUCCGGCUGAGGCGAGACAGUUCCUGCUGGGCUGCGUUCCAAAGGACUCGUCUUCAGGACUCCCGGGGGGAGAGCAAGACAGUGUGCAAAAAGCCGCCUCAGGAGGUGUGGCUGCGCCAUCGGCAUGCCAGGUGCUGGUGACUGUGAAGGCAGCGAGCUUGUCUUCAUCUGCAAUGUCCGCACGGUCAGCCGGAGUGUCGGGAGCUGCGGCUGUGGUGACAGGUCUUCUUGUGGGUUCGUUGCAGUAG